AUGACAAAAUUAGCUACAUCAAUUACAUUCAAGUUAUCCAAUGGCUCAUCAAUUCCCGCAUUGGGGUUGGGAACUGUUCCCUCCGAAGAUGCUAGCGAAGUUAAAGAUCAAGUGAAAACUGCAAUCAAGGCAGGAUAUCGUCAUAUUGAUACAGCUUGGCGUUACGGAACUGAGAUUUAUGUUGGUGAAGCAAUUAAAGAAUCAAUUGAAGAAGGUAUAGUUAAACGCUCAGAUUUAUUCGUGACUACAAAAAUUUGGCCCGUAUUCCAUAAAAAUCCCCAAGAUUCUUUUAAGAAAUCUUUGGAGGAUUUAGGUUUAGAUUAUGUGGACUUGCUAUUACAGCAUUGGCCCCUUUGCUUUAAAUGUGAUAACAAUGAAGGUGAUCCACCUGUUCCCAUGGACAAUGAUGGAAACACCUUAUUUGACGACCAGACUGAUGAUGGCUCAGGUUUCAUUGAAUUUUACAAAAGAAUUGAGGAAUUAUACCUCGAAAACCCUGGAAAGAUCAAAUCUAUUGGUGUUUCAAACUAUUCCAUUCCUUUUUUGAAGAAAUUGUUACCUGAAGUUAAAGUCAUUCCUGUUGUGAAUCAAUUCGAGUAUCAUCCUCAAUUACCUCAACAAGAUUUAAUUAACUUCUGCAAUGAACACAAAAUUCAUGUUACGGCAUAUUCUCCCGUGGGUAGCAAGGGUGCACCUGUAUUGAAGUUACCUCUCGUUCAAGAGUUUGCUGAUAAAUAUGGCGUAACUACUAAUGAAGUGGCCAACGCUUACCAUAUUCUACAAGGUAGAUCCUCGAUCCCCAGGUCUUCAAAUUUGGAGAGGAUCAAAACAACCGUCAGAUUACCUUCCUUGACUGAAGAAGAAUUAGACCAGUUGUAUCAAAUUGGAGUCAAAGAUCCAAAAAGACACAUUGGUGGAUUCUUCGGCGCUGAUAUUGGCUUUAAGUACUGA